AUGGUUUCUUCACGCGUGCUGUACGGUCUGACGACCAUCGUGGCCCUGGUCAACGGCCAGGCUAUCAUCCAGAAGGCCGUUGGCGACAAGGGUCAAAGCAAGAGUCUACUGGUCAACGCCGCCGACCCCAAGGACGCCAACCUGAUCAAGCAGCAGGAGAUUGUCACCAACAUUGUCAACGAGUGCGGCCGGACCCUGCUGGCAGGCAACAUCGACAUUGGCGAGCAGACCGAGAUCGAGCUGGCAGCCGGCAACGUGACGCAGUCCAAGAAGGGCGGCGUCGUCACGGUCACGAUCAACCAGGUCAACAACCAGGGCUCCGGCCCGUUCACGUGUGACAUGGACCUGACGAGCAACUCGAACGGCGCGGUCGGACAGACCCCGCUCAAGGUCACGCAGAACAAGGCCGACUUUGGCAACGGCGUGCUGACGCUCAAGGUCGAGAUGCCUAAGGACAUGGUCUGUGUUGGAGCCUCCACGGGUGAUAUCUGCACCGUCCGCUGCCGCAACGCCCAGGAGUUUGGCGGCUGCUUCGCCGUCCAGCAGACCGACGUCAAGCCCAACGCCAACACCCCGGACAACAUUGUCACCGUCGCCACGCUGGACCAGGUGCUCAAGCAGGUCGCGCAGGACCAGAAGGACUUUGAGACCUCCGUCAACGCCAUUGCCAAGUCUGGGCUCAACGACCAGGGCACUGCUGUCGCGGACGCCCUGGUUCAGAACAACGCCGAUGUGCUGAAUGGCAACAACGGCAAUGGUAACAACAACAACGGUAACAAUGGCAACGGUAACAACAACAACAACAAUGGUGGUGGUGGCCGCGGCGGUAACGGUAACAACAACAACGCCGGCGGCGGCCGUGGUGGCAAUGGCAAUGGCAAUGGCAACAACAACAACAACGGUGGCGGUCGUGGAAAUGCUGGCGGUAACGGCAACGCGAAUGGCAACGGUAACGGUGCUGGCCGCGGCGGCAACAACAACAACAACGCUGGAAACGGCAACGCUGCGAACGGCAACGCCGGUGCCGGCCGGGGCGGCAACAACAACGCGGCCAAUGGCAACGCCGGCAACCGUAACAACAACCGCAAGCGCUUCGCCCGGGCGAUGCGCAAGUUCAACGCUUAG